AUAUGCACUAUUUCGCGGUGCAUAGGGGAUGAUAAAGUUCAUUGUGUUCGAAUUGAUUCAUUUUGCUAGUUUCGCAGUUUCGACUUCCUUUUUUUAUAGAGUGUUGUAAAAUCGUUCUUGUGAUAUUAUUCUUAUAAUUCGAUUAAUGUAUAAGUGUAACGUUUAAGUAGUUCUAAAUUACCAGUUCUAUUCAGUGAGACUAUAUGCGUUGUUUACGCCGACUAUGAGGUCAACUAAUUUGUGAAAUAUGUUUAGGAAGCAGGAAAUUUUCAUUUUUUCUUUGCAAAAUUGAAAUUUUGUAAAUGAACUUUUACAAUGUUGAAAACAAUGCACCCCAACUUCCCCGCACGAAAUAUCUUAAGCACGUCUUACAUUUGACGUUAGAGGAAAUGUUCAAUGGAACUACACGGAAAUUGGCUGUGAACAAGAACGUACUAUGUGUUUCGUGCCAGGGACGUGGAACACUAUGUGCUAUGACUGAAAGCUUUGACACCUGUGAUGAGUGUAACGGUCUGGGUGUCCAACUAGUGAUAAGGAAAACUAGUCAUAAUAUGGAGGAGCAUGUGGAACGAGAAUGUGAUUCUUGUUGGGGAAAAGGUGAACUUAUCACUGCUAAGCAGCGAUGUUCCAAAUGCGAGGGCAGAAAAGUCGUUGCCGAACAGUGUAUUUUGAUUGUGAAAGUAAAGCGAGGAACGAGACAUGGUCAAAAAAUUAUUUACAAAGAUGAAGGAACUCAAGAGCCUAAUAUGAGGCCGGGCGAUGUGAUUGUUAUAAUGGAAGCGAUUGAUCAUCAGACAUUUAAGCGGCAAGGAGACGAUUUGAUCAUGAGUAUGCCGUUGGACUUAGUUGAAUCGCUGUGCGGAUUUGAAAAAGUUGUGACCACUUUGGACAAACGAAAGCUGUGCAUACGCAGUCGCUGCGGAGAGGUGAUGCAAGAUAAUGAAAUCAAGUGUCUCGAUGGUGAGGGUAUGCCGAAAUAUGCAAAUCCGAGUGAAAGGGGACGACUGAUCAUCCAAUUCCAAGUCAAACUACCAGAUAGGAUUCGUUCGCGGCAUGUGGCUUCACUUGAAGAAUGUCUGCCACCUCGAGAGCACGUUGACAUUCCACUGGAUGCGAUUGAAUGCAAUAUGAUUGAUCUGCCACCGGAUUAUGAGACUUACAAUUCACCAUAUGAUCCGAACGAAGAAGAUUAUAUACCGGACCAAAACUAUGACCAACAAUACGAAAUGCACGAUCAAUACGACCACGAAAAUGGGAUGCAUCAAUACGGUGCAGAUGAUCACUACGAUGACCAAGGUAUAUAUUAUCAAGACGACGAUUAUGCAAUUCCCGAAAAUUAUGAACAUGCUGGCGAUUACGAGCAACAGUAUUACUACAGCCAACAAGUGUACGAUCCGCACACAUCCACUUUCCAGCAGGAACAAUUUUACCAAAAGGACAACGAUUGUGAAUCGCUGGAAUCGUAUGAUCAACGCAACAACAGUAUCGCUUCGGUGACUAAAGAAACUUAUUCCGAAUUUACCAAAUGAACUUAAAAAAAACAACUGAAUAUUGUGAUGAUUGUUAGGUGUAUUAACGAUGUGUUUUAAUGAGUUGGGAAAGUCGACAGAAAAAAAAA